GCCAUGGCCCGAGGCCCUCGUAUCUCAGACCAACUCCGGGAGCGGAUUGUAGCCUGGCGCGAAGAGGGGACGUCCAUCCAGGACAUCGCUCGUCUCGCUGGAUGCAAAGAGCGUGCGAUCUACAAAGUGCUAGCCCUUCAUCGAACUACUGGCAGCAUCGCUACUCCCGAGUCCCUCAUUCCCAGAGGACGUCCUCGUGUCCUGAGCAGGACGGACAUCGACUACAUAUACUCCCUCCUGGCUGAUAACCCGACAAUCUACCUUGACGAAAUUCAAGCAAAACUCGCGGCCGAUCGCGACGUGGAC